ACCGGGGUAACUUCGAGAGUAACUUGGUCACGUGCAGCGUAUGUUGCUGGUUAACCCAUACUACGAAAGUUGGAUAUGUUAAAACCGAGGUAUGCUGCCAUGGCAACAUACGUAGGAUCCCAAAACUGGUCUUCCCAGUUUUAGUUCUUGGUUAACCCUAGCAGCCUGUACUACGAAGCUGGUUUUCUGGCUUACCGGGGUAACUUCGAGAGUAACUUGGUCACGUGCAGCGUAUGUUGCUGGUUAACCCAUACUACGAAAGUUGGAUAUGUUAAAACCGAGGUAUGCUGCCAUGGCAAUAUACGUAGGAUCCCAAAACUGGUCUUCCCAGUUUUAGUUCUUGGUUAACCCUAGGUUUCCGAUUAACCACACCCUAUUUAGACACCACUCCUCCACCGACAUGUCCCCUAAAGACAAUGCCAGCAUACCUGGACGAUCCGUACGAUAUAGGCGCGCAGAUUGUGAGGGGCUCUCUUCGGAGGGCGAGGGUAUUUAGAGACCGCCACAAUCCGCUGGCGUACCCGGACGAUGUUCUCCAUGAAAGAUAUAGAUUCUCAGCUGAGGGAAUUCGUUACCUAUGCCAGCUGCUCGAGGCGGACGUCUCUAAUGUAACCCGCCGAAGUCAGGCCCUCACAAUCGAGCAAAUGUUAUGUCUUUCAUUGCGCUAUUUCGCCAGCGGACAAUAUAUGUAUUCCAUCGGUGAUGCUGAAAACCUGAGUAAGAACACUGUAUGCCGGGUGAUACGGAAGGUGGUACUUGCUCUCACUAAACUGGUGGAUGCAUUUGUUGUAUUCCCUGGCCAUUUGCCUGCACGUCAGAUAAAAGAAGGGUUCUAUGCAAUCGCUGGUUUCCCAAGAGUAAUUGGAGCCAUUGAUUGUACGCACAUUCCUAUCAGUGCACCCCUGGGAGAGCAUGAGCGGGAUUUUGUGAAUAGAAAGUCCAAACACACCAUCAAUGUCCAGAUGACAUGCGAUCACCACUAUAUGAUCACAAGCCUGGAUGCAAGGUGGCCAGGGUCAGUCCAUGACUCCCGUAUAUUCAGAGAAUCAUCACUGUCUGACAGAUUCCACCAAGGGCAAUUUGAUGGAAUCCUGCUGGGGGACCGUGGCUACGCAUGCAUGAAGUUCCUCAUCACACCAUUUCCUGAUCCACAAACAAGGCAACAGAGAUCAUUUAAUCAUGCACACAGUGUCACUAGGGCCAGGAUCGAAAUGACAUUUGGCAUAUUGAAGGCCCGAUUCGCCUGCCUGAAGGUCCUUCGGGUCAAGCCAGACAGGGCCUGCCAAACCAUAGCAGCAUGUGUGGUUCUUCAGAAUGUCGCCACAAUAAGGAAGGAAAGAGUGCCCCCUCAUGAUCCUCCCCCACCCCUUGAUAUUACUGAUCCAAUCACCCUGGAUCAUCCAACAGGCCGUGCUGUCAGGGAUGCCAUUACCAACCAGUUUUUCCAAUGAAUUGUACACACCACAAAUUAAAUGCACAAAAAUAAAGACAUGUCACACCAA